CUGUGACAUGAUGGCUCCGUACUCAUGCUUACUACUGGUAAUCUUGACCGGCCUUUAUACUUACACUCUCGCUCAGACAACAACAGCACCAUUUGCCGUCCGCUUGGUCAACGGUGUAACUAACAGUUCCGGCCGUGUGGAGGUCUUCCAUGCCAGAGAAUGGGGUACCGUGUGUGAUGAUAUCUGGGGAAAUGAUGACGCACUGGUUGUGUGCAGAAUGAUCGGAUAUAGCCAUGCACAGAGUGUUGGUGCUGCUUACUUUGGUGCUGGCACAGGAUCGAUCUGGAUGGAUAAUGUCAGAUGUGACGGCUCGGAACAAAGUCUUGAGGAGUGUCAGUUUGAUGGUUGGGGAACUCAUAACUGUGACCAUAGUGAAGAUGCAGGCGUGAUAUGUUUCACAGGAAAUCUGGGUAACUUGUAUUAUAAUAAUUUACUUUCUCUUUGACAACACGUGAAAAUGAAUUAAUGACUUGAAUAUAUUUAGUUAAAAUUAAGGAAUAGAUGAAGGUAAAGUGGUAAAUAUAUUUUCAGACAUAAUCUGUAGGCUGGUUACAAUAGGGAGGGAGUCA